AUGCCUUCCGCUGGUAUGAUUAAAAUUAGCUCGGCAUGUGAAGAGUCUAUGAUUUUUUCUCCACCCCCUUUGGCUGCUUACUGUCAGGAGUCGAUUUUGAUAUAUGUGGCUACGUCGGGGUCUAAUGUUCCAAUGCGGGUCUUGGAGACGGACUCGAUUGAGUCUGUGAAGCUCAGGAUCCAGACCUGUAAAGGGUUUGUAGUGAAGAACCAAAAAUUGGUAUGCAAGGGGAGGGAACUGGCAAGGAGCAAUUCGCUGGUUCGGGACUAUGGGGUUAUCGAUGGAAAUGUUUUGCAUUUGGUCCUCCGCCUCUCCGACCUUCAGGUCAUUAUUGUGAGGACCUGUUGUGGGAAAGAGUUCACGUAUCAUGUUGAGAGGAGUCGGGAUGUUGGUUAUAUUAAGUAUAAGAUAGCAAAGAACAAAAAUUUGGAGUCUAUUGUUGAUCAGGAGGUUUUCUGUAAUGGUGAGCCAGUUGAGGAUCAGAGGCUGAUAAAUGAUAUCUGUAAUGAUAAUAAUGAUUCUGUGAUCCAUUUAUUUGUGCGGAAAUCGGCGAAAAUUAGGUCUAGACCAGUGGAGAAGAACAUUGAGUUGUCUAUAGUUGCUCCACAGUCGAAUGACGUGAGAGAGUAUGAUGUGGAUACAGAAAAUAGGCAUGAGAGCCAAACGGAGACUGAGCAUAAUCUCUAUAUGCUGAGUAAGCCUCCAGGUGGAGAGAUUUUAUUGGAGCCUGUGAUUGUUAAUCCAAAAGUUGAAUUGGCUCAAGAAAUUAGGGAUUGGAUUGACUCUACACGAGAUGGCUUAUAUAGCGGGAAUUAUCCAAUUAGGUCUGUAGAGGGCACCGGGGGAGCAUAUUUUAUGCUGGAUGCAUCUGGGAAUAAGUAUUUAUCUGUGUUUAAGCCAAUUGAUGAGGAGCCUAUGGCUGUGAAUAACCCAAGAGGGCUUCCUUUGUCAGAGGAUGGUGAAGGGUUGAAGAAGGGGACAAGAGUUGGAGAGGGUGCAAUCAGGGAAUGUGCUGUCUAUUUGUUGGAUCAUCCAAAGAGUGGUCGGCGCUCUUUUUCUGGUGAGCUUAGAGGCUUUGCAGGUGUUCCUCUGACAGUUCUCAUUAAGUGCCUGCACAAGGGAUUUAAUCAUCCCGAAGGUGUGACUGCUAAGAUUGGGUCCUUGCAAAUGUUCAUGGAGAACAAUGGAAAUUGUGAGGAUAUGGGCCCUAAUGCCUUUCCAGUUGAGGAGCUGCACAAGAUUGCGGUAUUGGAUUUGAGAGUUGCAAAUGCGGAUAGGCAUGCUGGCAAUAUAUUGGUGAGCAAAGGCCAAGAUGGCCAAACUGUACUAAUCCCAAUUGAUCACGGUUACUGUUUGCCUGAUUCUGUAAGUCCUCUUUCUAGCUUUUCAUUUAUUUUUUAA